AUGGCCAAUGUUUUCUUACACAAUCCUAACACCUACAAGGCCACUCUCUGCCUCUUUUUCCUAACUACAACCUUUUUGAUUACCAACUCUGCAAGGAUCCUAGAUGAAGUUGAAUCCCAACCUCAAGCUAUAGGCAAUCUACCAGGACCUGGUGCUGUCAACCCUUCAGUCACAACAGGUCCAAUCAACACCAUACCACAGAUAGGGACAACUUUGCCAAGUGGCCAAACACCUGCAGCCACCACCAUCAAUCCUGCUACAGCAGACCCCGGAGAUGAAGAUGACAAUGCAGACCCACCAGUUCCAGAAACAGAAGCUCCAGCUGCUGUCACUGCACCAGCUGAGGACAUUCCCCCAGUGGCAAGUCCUACUACAGAGGAAACUCCAGAACUUCCACAGCCAGAGGCUGAAGUCCCAGCUGUUGCUGCUAUAACACCAGUGAUAGCAAAGCCUGUGGCGAAAGAGCCAUCAUUCUCUUUUUUCAUGCAUGAUAUCCUUGGAGGGUCACAUCCAUCAGCAAGAGUGGUGGCAGGAAUUGUAGCAAACACUGACGUCACUGGCCUACCUUUCUCCAAGCUCAACAACAAUCUCUUCCCAAUCACUGGAGGAAUCCCACUGGUUAACCCAAAGCUCAAUGGCAUCAUCACCAACAACAAUCUCCCACUCCUUGUAGGCCUCAGUGGUGCACAAUCUUCCACCGUGUUCAAAAACAGUGGCACCAGUAACACAGUUACUGGCAGCAACAACCAGCCAUUUGUUUCCGCUGGUAACCUCCCUGAAGGGUUUACAAUCCAGAAGCUCAUGUUUGGGUCGGUCACAGUGAUUGAUGACCAGCUAACAGAAGGGCAUGAGCUGGAUUCUGCUGUAAUUGGAAGAGCACAAGGGUUCUACUUGGCAAGUUCAUUGGACGGUACUAGCCAGACCAUUGUGCUGACAAUUUUGGUGCAUGGUAGUGAGCAUCACGACGGGGUGGAGGACACUAUAAGUCUCUUUGGGGUUCAUAGGACAGCAUCACCAGAAUCUGAAAUAGCAGUGAUUGGUGGGACUGGGAAGUAUGAGAAUGCCAGAGGAUAUGCUGCACUUGAGACCCUUCUAAAGGAAGACCAGCAUACCACAGACGGGGUGGACACCAUCCUGCAUUUCAAUCUCUACCUCACUGAGUAG